AUGACUGAUGAUUUAUUUUCAUCGUGGUUUCUGAAUGAAUUUGUACCGGCGAUGCGAUCACACUUAGCCAGGAUGGGACUCCCACAGCGCGUGAUACUGCUAGUUGACAACGCCGGUUCACACAGUUUGAAGGGCAGCCAAUUAGAAUCACCGGAUGGUAACAUCAAGUGUUCUUUUUUACCGCCAAAUACAACUUCAAAGCUACAACCGCUUGAUCAAGGUAUCAUCGCAAUUAUGAACAAAUAUUAUCGCCGAAACAUGCUACGUGCCGUCGUCGAUGAAGACAAUGAAGACAAGAAUUUGAAAAAAAUCGUCAAAACAUUUACGGUUAAGGACGCAUUGUUCAUGAUCGCCGAUUCAUGGAAUCGUAUCAAACCAUCAACUGUGGCGGGGUGUUGGUACAAUGGACUUCAUGUCGGCGACCAUGGCAAUGAGCAAGGCGUGAGUACCAACGAAAGUGAGGAGAUAACCGCUGAAAUCAACAAGGCCCGUGUUGAUCUAGGAUUAGGAGUCAUUGCCGAGAACGAACUUGAUGCAUGGAUCAACUGUGACAACGACAUUGGGUCAGAGACUUUCACUGAGGACGAGAUUGUAAAGAUUGUAGCCGAAAAUCAAAAAGACGACAUUGAAAGUGACAACAACGAAAAAGAAAACAUUACAUGCCGCCCAACGCACAAACACCAGCAGUCCCAGUGA